AUUAUUAUUAUUUAAUUUGUUUUACAUAAAAAGUGGAGAAAGUUGCAGAGCUUGAAAGUGGAGCUUUAAUGGCGAAUCACCCGAGAACCCGCAAAAGGGUCCAUGCUACUAUCCCACGCCGUGCCCCUGAUGGUAGCGCCUUUGAGAAGUGUGAUGUUUGUGGUGAUAUGGUGGCAAUUGCUUUGGCUGACAUGCACGAAUGUGGGACUGAGAAGAAAGAACUGAAGAGGUUUAAGGGCAUUGUUGGAACUCAAAAUGUUGUUAAACCGAUGGUUCCUUGGCAACCCAGAUCAGCUUUUAGUAUUUUCAUGGAAAGCUUUAUGAUCGACAACAACAAUGGAAAUUUGAUUGAUAUUGAUAGAAGGGGCUUCGAGACUUGGAAAAAUAUGUGCAAGGAGGAGAGGCAACCUUAUGUUGCUCAAGCUGAAAAGGUGAACUCAGCCUACACAAAAAAUGUGAUUGAAGAGGAGAAAAAUGUUAAAGAGGUGGAUGAUGAUGAGGCUGAUUCAGCAAUGGUUGGGAAAUUUGACCAGUUCUAUGAAGACAGUGAGUACUAUGGGACAUCUGAUAAUGAUGAACCUUACCAGUCUGGAGGACUCGAGAGCUUAAACACGACAGAAUGUCCUAUGUUGUGCUCAGCAUUACUAAGUUAUGACCUUCAUAAAGCAGGGAAAUGCAGCAAUCAGGGACCGCCUGAGCACUCCAGCUCAAGCUGAGGACUGAACUUAAAAGGUUCCCAUUUUGUCAAACCUUUUGUUUAAUGUCAAUGGGGACUAUCACACUUGGCAGUGGUGGAAAAACUUUGCCACUUCAUCAUUUUGUAAAGGCAAGUCAUUUGGCUAUUGUAAAGUAGUUGUAGGAGUUUAGCUUUCCUAACAGAUUGGUAUCUGGUUUUGUUACUUGGCAUGGUUGAAGGGGGAGUUUCACACUUGAAGGGUUGAGAGGAAGCAUUUUUUUGUCCAUAUUUUUGUUUUGUAAUAUUCCUCUCAGAAUAUCUCUUUCAUACAAAUAUAUUCAAAGCACCUUUUUGCAA